CCGGUUAAAUUUGCAGGAACAAUACGGUUGCUCGUACUCCAUCAGGGUCUUUCUUGUAUAAGUUAUUUGCAGUCCAAAAUUUAUUGCCAGCGGCUGUGCAAGGUGCGUACUGUAGUGUGUUCAGCGCACAUAGAGGAGAAAUGGCGGGAAGGUUUGGCGCCUUCAGUUUUGGAAAAUCACGAGUCCGGGGUUUUUCUCUAUAUAAUUAUCCGCCGAGGUCCCUUUUCUCUCAUUAUCCAAAUCCUUUGCGAUCGCCAAAAUUUGUUUUCAAGAUGGCUCAACCAGAGGUACAAAACGGCAGUCCAGAAGUCAAAGAGCCAUCUCAAAAGAUCCCGAAACUCGAUCAAAACGGUGUUCACGAAGCUUCGCAAAGCGGUGGUUCUCUUUUGAGGGUGAAAAAACUCUCCGAAAAGGCUGUUUUGCCUUCAAGAGGUUCUCCCCUCGCCGCAGGCUACGAUCUUUCUAGCGCGACGGAGACGAAGGUGCCAGCCAGAGGAAAAGCUCUUGUACCAACAGAUCUGAGCAUCGCAAUCCCGGAGGGAACCUACGCCCGUAUUGCGCCAAGAUCGGGGCUAGCGUGGAAGCAUUCGAUAGACGUGGGAGCAGGAGUCAUAGAUGCGGAUUACAGGGGUCCAGUUGGGGUGAUUUUGUUUAAUCAUUCGGAUGUUGAUUUCGAAGUGAAAGUAGGCGAUCGAAUUGCCCAGCUGAUUAUUGAGGAAAUCUUGACCCCUAAUGUUCUAGAGGUUGAAGAUUUGGACUCCACUGUCAGAGGUGAAGGGGGUUUUGGAUCUACCGGCGUCUGAACAUCUUUGUUGGUGGACAGCCAUGUUAGACUUCUACGGUAUCAUAAACUCAAUGUUUUGUGGUUGUUUUAAUGAAGAGGUGGUGUGCAACCAAAUGACUUGUUUUGCAAUCUUCAGUUGUACGAAAUAGAGGUUGAUACUGCCCUUUAAAUGCUUUUUUCUUCUGUAAAAGGCAGAGCCAUCCAUUGUUUAGGGUGGAUUCGAGGAGUUGAACCACGAUAAGUUUGGCAUGAGCUUAGUUUAAGUCUAUAAUACCCACAUCAAAUUUAAACUUAUUUGAAUUGAUGGACAGUAUUGUCAAA